AUGCGACGAAACGUCGCCCUUGUGGCCUGUCUGGCCGCGUUUUCUAGCGUUGCUGACGCCUUUUGGCGUCUUCCUUGUCGUGGACGAAGUGGUGUGGCUCGAAUUGAUCCCAUAAUGGCCCCGGGGAAACCAUCAGACCACGUCCAUGUGGUUCACGGAUCAGGAGGUUUCUCUAUGUCAUCGGGCGAGGCGGACCUGAAAAAUGCGGAUUGUACCUCAUGCGGGGUGAAGCAGGACAAGUCGGCUUACUGGGCCCCCGCGCUAUACUUCAUGCAUGAGAAUGGCGAUGCUGAGCUUGUCAACGAAGUGGGCGGGAUGCUUGCUUACUACUUCCUCAACGGACAGAAUGUGACGGCAUUCCCUGAGAACUUUCGUAUGAUUGCCGGCGAUCCGUUUCUGCGUAACUUCCCUUGGCCAGUCCCCGAUCCUCCAAAGUCCGAGUGGUCUGGCAAUCAAUCCUCACAGGACGCUCUUCGCCAGAAAGCCCUGGGUUUCAACUGUUUGAACUAUAACAAAUCACCCGAGCCGUCGCUGGGCCGCCACUUCCUGCCAAAUAAGACCUUCAUGGAUGAGCACUGUACUGAUGGUGUCCGAUUUGAAUUGAUGUUUCCGUCAUGCUGGAACGGCAAGGAUGUUGACUCCAAGGAUCACAGGUCGCACAUGGCCUACCCAUCCCUGGUCAUGGACGGGGAUUGUCCGGAUGGCUUCGAGACCCGCCUUGUGUCGCUCUUCUAUGAGACUAUCUGGGACACAUAUGCGUUCAAAGACAAGCAGGGCACUUUUGUUCUUGCAAACGGCGACCCAACUGGAUACGGCUACCAUGGAGACUUUAUCUACGGCUGGGAAUCUGGGGUUCUUCAACAGGCCGUGGAUGAAUGCACCAAUCUGUCUGGUCGGGUGGAAGACUGCGACUUAUUCCAUCUUCAGACAGAUGCCGAGCAGGCGCAGUGCAACUUCACCAUGCCAGAAGAACUGAAAAGCGAGAACGUGUACCUUCACAAGGGUGGCUUGCCGAAUAACAUUGCCAUCCAGUAUGGGCCUGCGUAUGCAAGCCCAGUCCGGUAUACCAACCCUGGCCAUCAUACUUCGGCAAUAUUGCCCGAGCCAAGCAUUGCUAUUGGUGCUUCUCUCGAUGGUGCUACUGUUGAUCUUGGAAAUAUCCACAUUGGCGUAACACUGGGCGCCCCGUCUACUACCUCUAGUUCAACUACUCUCUCGACCUCAAUUCUCCCAUCCUCGACACAGUCUUCGACCUCGACCACUUCAGCAGCUUCAGCGGCUUCAGCCUACUUUCUCCAAACAACCACUUCAACUACACCAACCACCACCUGGACACCUACUCCUACCACCGCUUAUGUCGAAGGCGUUGUCACUCAGAAGAUCGUGUACGUUGAGCAGGAGAUUCUCAUCCUCACGGAUGAAAAAGGGGCGCCUGUCACAACAGAGACAGGUGGAUUGGAGACAGUCUCCACUUCUACAUCCACGGUGAACAAGGUUGUAUCAACAGUCGUGACUACGCCCACCGAGCCUCCUGCCAAACGUGAUGACCAUAGCCAUAGCCAUUCCCGGCAUGUCCAUCGGCGUCAUCGUCACGGACAUGCCCAUCGAAGAUGA